CGGUAUAUGUUGGUAUAUUUCUGGGGGUCCAUCUUAUCGACAGUCCGCGAUAAACAAAGCAAUUUCAUAUCUCUCGCUAUUUUUGGGUAUUUAAUAUUAUUUCGGUCGAAUAAGUCGCGCAUUUAGUUACUAUACAUUCUCUUGAUCCCCUUCCCCGUCUGCUUGUUGCGCUUGUGUAGAUUCUUCCUUUGCAUGUUGACCUGGACGACAAGCAAAGGAAAGUUUUUACACGCAGAACAACAACGCACGCCCCGCGACCCUCGCGACGCAGCCAGUGCAAUACAUUGAAAUGCAAAACUACGGCGUUGGAGCCGCAGCCGCGACAGCAGCAGCAGCUCCAGCCGUCAAACGCCGUACGGACAGCUAUGAGGCUGCCCAGCAUCACCCCCAAUCGCCCGAGAGCGAUGAGGACUACGUGAACACCAGGACACUGCACCGACAGGCGCACCUCCAAUCCACACCAGUGGCCCCCGUUGUACCCAUGCCCGCUGUGCCCACCACUGCUGACGGUCCCAUUUCUGUGGAGGGUCAUGUGGAGCAGCCAGAGUUCUCGGGGCCUACGUCUUCCGCCUCCUCCUAUCAUGAAGAACGCAUGAGACGAAAGCUGCAGUUUUACUUCAUGAAUCCCAUCGAGAAGUGGCAGGCGAGGCGCAAAUUCCCCUACAAGUUUGUCGUGCAGAUUGUGAAGAUCUUUCUGGUGACGAUGCAGCUGUGCCUUUUUGCCCACUCGCGGUACAACCACAUCAACUAUACGGGGGACAACCGAUUUGCCUUCUCGCACCUGUUCCUGAGGGGCUGGGACUCGUCGCGUGAGGUUGAGAGCUAUCCACCUGCGGUCGGUCCCUUCGCCUUGUAUUUGAAAUCGGAAUUCUAUGACACAGUGCAGUAUGCAGUCAACGGAUAUGCCAAUGUGAGCCGAUCGAUUGGCCCGUACGACUAUCCUACGCACAACAAUACAAUGCCGGCGUUGAAGCUGUGUCUGCAGAACUAUCGAGAGGGCACCAUAUUUGGUUUCAACGAGUCCUACAUCUUUGAUCCCCACAUCGACGAGGUGUGCGAAUCGCUGCCACCGAACGUGACCAGCAUCGGAGUGGAGAACUAUCUUAGGCAGCGCGGAGUAGAGGUCAAUUUCGCGUCUCUGGUGUCGGCACAGCUGACGUUUAAGAUCAAGACUGUGAACUUCAAGGCCAAUGGUGGACCCUUGUCGGCUCCAGAUUGCUUUAGGUUCGACAUAGCCAUACUGUUCAACAACCGGGACCAUGACGGCCAGAUGUUGUUGUCGCUGGAUGCCGAGGCCACGCGAUUGAAGUGCCAUGGAGCUACCGAUUUCAUAUCGGAGGCGAACUUCGACUCCAUGCUAAGGAGCGUGCUCAAUAUAUUUGUCCUUCUAACCUGCGCCUUAUCCUUUGCCCUGUGCACGAGGGCCUUGUGGAGAGCAUACCUUCUGAGAUGCACGACUGUCAACUUUUUCCGGUCGCAUUUUGGCAAGGACUUAAGCUUCGACGGUCGUCUGGAGUUCGUCAACUUUUGGUACAUUAUGAUCAUUUUCAAUGAUAUCCUGCUUAUCAUUGGGUCUGCUCUUAAAGAGCAGAUCGAAGGACGCUACUUGGUUGUGGAUCAAUGGGAUACCUGCUCCCUGUUCCUUGGCAUCGGAAAUCUGCUUGUGUGGUUUGGAGUGCUGCGGUAUCUGGGAUUCUUCAAGACCUACAAUGUGGUAAUUCUCACGCUAAAGAAAGCGGCUCCAAAGAUUCUGCGAUUCCUGAUUGCCGCCCUGCUGAUCUAUGCUGGAUUUGUCUUCUGCGGCUGGCUUAUUCUGGGACCCUACCACAUGAAGUUCCGCUCGCUGGCCACCACCUCUGAGUGUUUGUUUGCGCUUAUCAAUGGCGACGAUAUGUUUGCCACCUUUGCCACCCUGUCGAGCAAGGCCACCUGGUUGUGGUGGUUCUGUCAGAUCUACCUGUACUCCUUUAUAUCGCUCUACAUUUAUGUAGUGCUGUCUCUGUUUAUUGCCGUCAUUAUGGAUGCCUACGAUACGAUUAAGGCGUAUUACAAGGAUGGCUUCCCAACCACCGAUCUCAAGGCAUUUGUUGGCACCCGCACCGCCGAGGACAUCAGCUCUGGCGUCUUCAUGUCCGAUCUGGAUGACUUUGACCAGACGAGCUUCGUGGAUAUUGUGAGGAGCAUUUGCUGCUGCGGCUGCUGCAGACGCGAGCAGGAGCCCGUCCAGCCCAACAGCGGCUACACCAGCCUCUCGAGUAUUAUGAAAUAACUGGGUGCGCCAUAGAUAGUUUGGAAUCAUUAAAAUGUUUUUUUUUUGUUGUUUUUGUAGUUAGUCUGUCAUCAGCUUUAUGUGUGUAGUGGCGUGUUAAAACUGUUAUUAGCUUUUUGUAUUAAUUUGUUAAUUGCCAAAGCACUUUAACCGAGAGAAACCCUAACGUACGUACCUUUAAGAGUUUCCAACAAACAGCGGCUCAGAAUCAGCUUUGACCAGGGAAACGCGCCAGUUGGCAAUGCAACUGUUUGCAUUUGUAAUGAACGAUAUUAUGUGUAUACUGUGUGUGAUAUAAGUCAGAACCAGAAUCAGAAUCAAAACCAGAACCAGAACCAGAGAACAAUAGAAAUUAAAGUAUGAGAGCUAUUUUUGCCGGGAAUAUGGACAUGGAUCAAGUCCAUGGGAACAAUUGCAUCCGAAACGAGUUUACGUACAAAUAUGAAAUAUGAGUCACUGCAUAUAAAUGCCUAACAUUAAUAAUACAGAAACCCUAGGUACCUAAGUAUCCAAUAGGUAAUUUUUUUUAUGUUUACGAUGAAAAGUUUGUAUGAAUAACCAAAAUGUCCUCUGUAAACUGUAUACAGAAAUUACAAUAAAGAAAGAAAAGUAA